UAUACCUCAACCUACUAGGAAAGUUCCUAUUAUAUGCAGAAGAUAGAUAUAUAUACUGACGAGCUAGAGCUUCGGAGUUAAUUUCAAGGCCACAGGCGUAAGCUAACUGGGUGUUAUAGGCUGGACGACGAUGGCUGCCGUCGUCGUUGAUGUGCUACUGGCAUGUCUAGCGCUGCUCCUACCAGCUUCGUCAUGUGCAGCUGGGGCACCAACGGUGGCAGCUGCACAGACCAGCGCUGGCGCCGGAGGUGGCUAUGGCGCUGGCUGUGCCAAGAGCUGCGGUGACCUGACCUUCGAUUACCCUUUCGGCAUCGGCGCCGGCUGCGCCCGGGGCCAUGACUUCCAGCUCGUUUGCAACACCACCACGCAGCCCCCAACGCUCUUCCUCAGCGAUGGCUUUACCCAAGUCAUCAACAGCAUCGGGGCCGCCGGCUAUGUCUAUGUGAACUUUUCACUUGACAUCCCUAUGAGAUCUGGUGUCGAUCUGUACAAUGUGUCAUGGACGGUACCUGGCGAUUCUUUCUCCGUACGUGACAGUGCAAGGCCUACCAAUAUUGAUGACACCAGUGACGAGGGUGAGUGCCAACGGAAUAUUCCCAUCGUCCGUGGUUUUCAACUCCAGUUUGUCCAUCGGCAUGAACACGGCGAAGGCCAGCGAACCAGUGUCGACAGCGUCAGAAUCGAGAACGACGGCGUGCGACUUGGGUGGGCCAUUGUGGAUCAUUCGACGUGCGCUGAAGCCAAGCGUGACAAGAGCAGCUAUGCCUGUGCCAGCAAGCACAGCCGGUGCGAUGAUAACUUGAGCUUUACAGCUUCCCGUGCUGGUUACUUAUGCAAGUGCACCGAUGGGUAUCAAGGGAACCCGUAUGCACCCAAUGGCUGCCGGCGUGAUGUAGGAUUGCCGGACGCAAGAUAUGAUCGGUUUCCGAGUAAGAACAAUUGUAGCCCGUCAUGUGGAAAUAUCAGCGUUCCAUAUCCAUUUGGCCUAGAAAAAGGCUGCUCUGCAAAUCAGCAUUUCCUGCUCAGAUGCACCUACUACAAAGACAACAAGAGUACAAACCCUGACCUCUUGUGGUGGGCAACAAGAUACACCGACGAGCCGUCAACACCGACCAAGCUUGUUCGCAUAGAUAUCAGCGAAGGGCUCAUUAUCUUGGCCGGUGAGCACUACGAGGAGUUCCUUGCCAUGGAUGGUACGGCUAGUGCUAGAGUCUCCGAUGGUUCAGCAAAGGACUUUGUGGUUAAGAAUCUGCAUUUUGCCAUCACAAACCAAACCUGCAAAGAGGCGCAGCAGAAUACCACCGGAUAUGCAUGUGUCAGCGUUAACAGUACGUGUUUGGCCGUCAACACAGGUGAUGGGUAUAUUGGUUAUAGGUGCAAGUGCAAGCAUGGCUUUGAAGGGAAUCCGUCUAUCAAAGAUGGUUGCCAAGGCAUCUGUCCAGAAAUAUGCAAUAAUACUGUCGGUAACUACACUUGCAUCAAGUGCCCUGCUAAAUCAGAGUACAAUGACAAAACAAAGCGGUGCACUUCAGUGAAAAAGCAAAAAAAUCUUCUUUUUGGUAUCGUCAUUGGACUUAGUGCUGGCUUUGGAAUUCUACUGCCUGGCUUAAGCGCAAAAAUGCUCUUCCAUAAAUGGAAGAAAGGUAUCCAGAAGCGGCUACGUAGGAAGAAUUUUCGUAAGAACGAAGGACUUCUCCUAGAACAACUAAUAUCGUGUGAUGAAACCACUACUGAUAGAAUGAGUAUCUUCACUUUAGAAGAGCUAGAAAACAACUUUGAUCACACAAGAAUACUUGGCCAAGGAGGACACGGUACAGUUUACAAAGGCAUCUUAUCAGACCAACGUGUCGUGGCCAUUAAAAAGUCUAUGACGAUCAAACAAGGUGAGAUCACUCACUUCAUAAAUGAAGUCGCUAUUCUUUUACGGAUCAACCAUCGGAAUAUCGUUAAACUUUUUGGGUGUUGUCUUGAAACUGAGGUCCCACUAUUGGUGUAUGAUUUUAUUUCCAACGGAUCAUUAUUUGAACUCUUGCGUUACAAUUCGAGUAAUGGUAGCUUGCUGUCUUGGGAAGACACCUUAAGGAUUGCUACAGAAGUUGCUGGAGCCCUCUAUUAUCUCCACUCUGCAGCUUCAGUAUCAGUUUUUCAUCGUGAUGUGAAGUCCUCUAAUAUACUGUUAGAUGCAAAUUACACUACCAAAGUUUCAGAUUUUGGUACGUCAAGAUUGGUUUCUAUCGAUCAAACCCAUAUUGUCACAAAGGUGCAAGGCCCAUUUGGUUAUUUAGAUCCAGAGUAUUGUCAAACUGAGUGUCUAAACGAAAAAAGCGAUGUGUAUAGUUUUGGUGUGGUACUAUUGGAGCUACUUCUCAUGAAAGAGCCGAUUUUUACAAGUGAGAAUGGCUUAAAGUUGAAUUUGGCCGGUUAUUUUCUUGAGGAGGUGAAGGUAAGGCCAUUAAGUGAGAUUGUUACCACUAAGAUAUACGAAGAAGCAACAGAGGAAGAGAUUAACAAUGUUACCUUGCUUGCGGAGAUGUGCUUGAGUCCCCGAGGCGAAGAAAGACCUACCAUGAAGCAAGUAGAGAUGACAUUACAGUCCUUGCGCAAUGUUACACAGACAACGGCUGUUCACCGUGCUAAUGCAUCGGAUCAGCUGAGCCAAAGAUGCUAUAGCCUAGAGCAUGAGUUCAUUGCUUCAGCUGAGCUACCACGCUAAAUGAUUUGAUUAGACUUUCCAAUAAUGUUCCUCAUUUCACAAUCUAUGUAGUAAUGCAUUAUUUCUGGGUUAUGUCUGUAGUAAUGAUCUCGAACUCGUUUCUUGGAAGUUUAGAUUCAUGUGAUCGUGACAUUA